CUAAACAAAACCAGAAAGGCAACAAAGAAGUAUGUUACAAUAACAAAAACAACAAUGUCAGAAGCCAGUGAUUUAAAUCUCUUUUUAUUUCUCAUCUUGGAUCUCCUCUGACUCCCCAAGAAAAAAAAAAACAAAACUCAAGAUCUGCCAAAAAAACCCCAAACUCUCCUCUUAUCCGUUGCGUAUUUUGAUCUCAGACCAAAGUUUGUCUCUAUCGAAUCCCAAGGUGCUUUUCCAGCUAAGUCUGUUGGUGAAACAUGGCACACCGUGAAGGGACCAAAGACAUUUAAUCCAGAUUCAAGGUACUCAGCCACCAGCACACCCCCCCUUAUUCUCUGAACUCACAUAAACUAUUGCUUUCUUGUCUCAACUUCACACGCUGCAGUUGAGUUAGCCCAUACCCAACUUGGUCCUUCCUUGUCUCGGAAUAGGUCUGAUAAUAAUGGUGUCUAAUUCUUGGUUAUAUAGUUCCAAGUAUUGGGGUUCUAGUAUUGUACAACAAACAGAAACUUGAUCCCUGAAUGAGCCUUGGGACCUUCUUCUUUUAUCAGGGUUUUAUGAACACAUAUAUAUUUGCUGAAAAAUUGAUUACCUGAAAAUGGUUAAAUCCUGUUGGAAACCAUCUAUUGAGGGUGAUUCUAGAGGGUGCCUUGAUGGUUUACUGUGGUAUAAAGAUAUGGGGCAACAUGUUUAUGGAGAUUUUUCAAUGGCAGUGGUUCAAGCCAAUAGUUUGUUGGAGGAUCAAAGCCAACUCGAAUCGGGAUUGUUGAGUUCGAGUAGUUCCGGUCCGUACGGGACUUUUAUUGGUGUGUAUGAUGGACAUGGUGGACCUGAGGCUUCAAGCUUCAUCAAUAACAACCUUUUCUGCAAUUUUAAGUCAUUUGUGUCUGAGAAUCAAGAAAUGUCAACAAAUGUUCUCAGAAAGGCUUUCUUGGCAACAGAAGACAAAUUUCUUUCCCUUGUGAGGAAGCAAUGGCUGGUUAAGCCGCAAAUGGCAUCGGUCGGAUCGUGCUGUUUGACGGGAGUGAUCUGCAAUGGACUGCUAUACAUUGCAAAUGCUGGUGAUUCCAGAGUAGUCUUAGGAAGAUCAGUAAGAGGGGCUAAGGAAGUUAUAGCAAUGCAAUUAUCGACCGAACACAAUGCAAGUUUUGAUGCCGUAAGAGAUGAGCUUCGGUCGUUGCAUCCCAAUGAUCCGCAGAUUGUUGUGAUGAAACACAAAGUUUGGCGUGUUAAGGGCCUUAUACAGAUUUCAAGAUCCAUAGGUGAUGCAUAUCUAAAGAAGGCAGAAUUCAACAAAGAGCCUCUCCUGCCUAAAUUUAGACUGCAUGAACCGUUUCGAAAGCCGAUCCUUAGUGCCGAGCCGUCAUUGUUAGUACAUAAACUCCACCCUGAUGAUCAGUUUCUCAUCUUUGCUUCUGAUGGUCUUUGGGAACACUUGAGCAACCAGCAAGCUGUUAGAAUUGUGCAGACUAGCCCACGAAAUGGAAUUGCAAGGAGACUUGUUAAAACAGCACUCAAGGAAGCAGCACAGAAAAGAGAAAUGAGAUACUCAGACCUGAACAAGAUUGAUAGAGGGGUGAGGAGACAUUUUCAUGAUGAUAUAACAGUCAUAGUUGUGUUUCUAGAUACCCAUUUGAUCAAUGGAAGCUCAUGCUACAACUCUCCCAUGUCGAUAAAAGGCGGAGGAAGACUUGCCAGCCGCUGCUAGUACCGUUGCUGGUGUCUCAUAGCUAGGAAAUUAAGAUGGAGAGCUAAAUGUCUGAAAAACUUCUCAAAUUUCCUUACAAAUAGGGGACUAACCUUGUUGAGAUUGCAAGACAAUGUGUAGAUAUGGUUUCAUGCAAUUUAGUUGGUAAAUUGUCUGCUCUCCUGCUACCACAAUUGAUGCUGUCCCUCAUUCACAGUCUAGAUUUAUGUUAUCUUAGGCCUUACAUGGUGAAGAAAUUUCCUUUUAUAUAUUUAUGCAAAACUAAUGGCUCGUUUGCUUGCA